AUGGCUACCUUUUCUCCUACAGGAGCACUGGUGAACGAUGUGUCCUUCACUGAAACCGGAGAAUUCGAUGCACUCUUUGAAGGUUGCAUUGGGGCAAACAACGCUUAUAACUACGUUACAGCACCAGAAGGGCAUACUAACAAUGCUCAAAACUUUUCAGUUCAAGACCUCCCAAGCACCGCCAUGGCGCAGGACGCUGGUGUUUUGGGGGAUCUUUCUGAUCGUUUCACUACGGGAGAGGAUAUAGACCUGUCGGCAUUGCCUCCAUGGGAUUCAGAGCACAGUCAUUCUGCAAUCCUCGACAACGCAGUAUCGCCUGAAAUUGGGGAUAACCAAACCAACCCUAAUGAGGAUAUUGGGAAUUUUGAUCAGACUGCGGCUGUCCAGAACAUGAAUCCCAACCUGAACCCUAGCACUACUGGGCAAUCCGCCGCUACGGCUUUGAUGCAUCCUGGAUCUGUACCUGUAAACCAACAUAUGGGAAAUCUGGCGCCUCCAGAUGCCCGUGUAUUUGCUUCUACUUACUUCACUGGUGUGAUUGGCCCUAUCAUGGGUCCUAUAAACGGUGUUCAGCAAACCACGUUGAAGCAAACGCGCGAAUCAUUACCAAGCGGUUACUCUACCCUCCCUUGUUAUGCUCUUGGGGCUGGUGUUGCUGUCAAUAACUCGGGCGUCUCAUUUACUGAGGCCGACAAUGAGGACUUCUUUAAUCGUGGAAACAAUUACGUGAACAACGCUCCCAGCAACCUCGUGGGAGAUGCCCCAGGCAACCAUGUGGAUAACGUCUCGAGGAGCUCAUACAACGCCACCCCCACUGACCAGGCCGCAAGCAUGCUCGGCAAUGUAACCGGAGUACAGGACGUCUCUUCAAAUGGUUCUCAAAAGAGUACUCCACCUUCGCAGCCAGUCUAUGCUGCUGGUGGGCUUCAGGGAACUACUAUGCCGGCAAACCAAGUGGAUAGAAACCGUUCUAGUUCUGGUUCUUCCGGCAAUUCUGGUACGUCCCAGAAGUGCAAAGCAUCUUCGCCUGGCGAUCAGAUUACCGGCAACCCUGGAAGCCAGUUCACUGGACAUCAGAACGCCGAAAGCCAGCUCAUCGAACAUCAGAUGAUGACUGGACAUCAGAGCAUCGGAAAUCAGAUCAUUGGAUUGGCACCCCAGCAAGGGACUCAAGUGUAUCAGGGUAUCUUCCCUUCUCAGCAGGUUGCUUGCCAGAACGGCACCAUGAUCCAAUCUUCGCCGGAGACUGGAUCUGAACCAAUGCACUCCAGUCCAGCCGAAUACCUCCCUGGCCAACUUGGGGCAGUCGAGGAAUUCAACCAAGGCAUAUCAUCUGGAAGCAGCAGAAACUCUGUGCAGCAGAACAGCCCCUCUGAUGGUCAUUAUGCGCCCUCCGGUCAAGGCGAAGCCACCUUCCCGAUUGAUAUCUCUGGCCAGCCGGUCAUGACCGCCCAGGCCCCUGUUCAUAACCCACAGCCAAGCCCCGUAUCACUGAUGGACCAGCUGAUGAACCCGGAAGCUUAUAAUAUAGACUGCGGUACGCUGUACUCUUCAGUCGAGGAAGCCAGGGCAGCACGCCCGGUGCAGGAUGGCGUUCGAGAGGACUCAACCCUGCCCACCAACGAUCUACAAAAACAGGCAAUUGUUAGGGCCCUAACCAAGGCGAUGCUCAGUUUCAAGAACGCCGAGGAUAACCCUGGAAUGAUCAAGCCAUUCAAAGAGGGCAAGUAUAGCGCCGAGAGAGUCGAAUGCGUGUGCUGGGAGAUAUUGGACUGCGUUAUUACCAGACAAAUCUCGGGUUCAUUGUUGGCAGCUCAUGGACUGAAAAGAAAGAUUACGAGCGAUUUGCUGACGUUCGCUGAACGCAUGACUAAAGUUCUAGAUUGUCUCGAAACCCAAAAAACAAUUUGCAAGCAUCUACUAGAUGCCCCUUACAUGCAUCAGUUUGUUGAUGAUCCGCAGGCUGCUCAAAAGCGUGUCAUUGCCAAUAAGACUUUGAACAAGCGCAAAGGUGAAGUGAUGAACGCGGGCAAGCAAGUUCUCGGAGCCAGAAAGGCGGCUGAAUCUACCACCAUCAACCAGCCGGUUAGGGUUGCAGCGCCUACAAUGUCCACAGCGUCUGCUAUGCCUACCAUGACUACCGCGCCUCCAGUAAACAACGCCGGUGCUGCAAUGACCCCAAACAACACCCCUGGCAAUAUUGCAGCGACCGGAAGAAACCCUCCCCCUGCCACUCCAUCCAACACGUCCCAGCAGAUGAACAUCAUGGCCUCCGCCAACAAAGUUAGAUACCAAAUUGCGAUGAGCGCAGGAACCCCUACACCCGUUCCACAAGUCAGACCUGGCCCACAGGGUUACCAGUCGGUACCUUUGAACAGAGUUGCCGCUGCUCAAGCCUAUAACAAUCGUAUGAUGGGCCCAACCUCACAUCCAAGACAAAAUGCCGGGUCCGUCACAAUGCCUCCAACCGCUCAGGCGUCUCCUCAUCCGUACAACCCGGAGCAAACAAUCAACACCCUGUUGGGACGAAACUUGAUGGUCAAUUACAACCAGCUCGCUUCGCAAUCUCAUCCAUACUCACAGAUGGGAUACCCACAACAGAUGGGAAAUCCGGUCCAAAUGGGACACCAACCUCGGAUGGGCCACCAAUCCCAGAUGGGCCACCAGCCUCACAUGGGACAUCAAGCACAGAUGCCAGGUCCUGUAUCGGGUACACGUAAGCGCAGAAGGGAAAAAACGGAUGUCGAGGACGAUUCUCCUUCGGCCAAGCGGCAGCAUUAAUUGCACCUCAAACAUAACAACCACUCGUCGAAAAGAUCAUCGAACAGGCUCAUACGAUAGAAAAGGGACCCGACGACACCAGUUGCUUGUCAAUUACACCACUUAACGAACUAUUGAACAUAAU